GCUUGUGUGGCCCAAAACGAUUGCAGCGCCACAUCGCCACAGCGCCGGAUCCCAAUGGGUUCCAGCCACCCGAGGGCAGGCCAUGUCGGCGCGGAGGGUGAGGCACCCGAGGUGCAUAAGCUCCAUAAGGCGGUGGCGCACAUGGCUCGAAGCAUGGGCCGAUAUGGAGGGGUUUUACUCCAAGCAGCCGCAGCGUGGGAUGGAAAUGUGUUUUUUGCAGGUGCCGCGGGCAACUUGACCUACGGUAGCCAAACCUCCGAGAUCUCAGCUGCCGAUUCCUUUGAAGUGGCAUCCAUCACCAAGAUGGUCACCGCCACUGUAGUGAUGCAACUGGUGGACGAAGGCCGGGUGCAACUGGACGAAGUCUGGCGCUCCGUGGCAGGUGGAAAGCUGGAAGCGAAAGUCAAGGCCCACGUUCCGACGUGGCCCUCGGAGCGCUUCGGAGACUUCACGGUGGCGGAGCUUUUGCAGCACACGAGCGGUUUACCCAACUACUGGGAUGAUGACUCUGACUUCAUCAAGGCUUUUGAGGCAGACCCAGAUCGACUCUGGACCACCUGGGAACUCCUAAGCUAUGCCGCGGAGAUGAAGAGCAGCUGCAGCCCGCAGCAGCGCGGCCGGCCGGACGCCUUUUCCUAUGCUGAUACGAACUACUUGCUGCUGGGGCUCAUGGUGGAGCAGCUGGACCAAGAGACCUUGCCAAAGAUCUUUCGAAGACGAGUCUUCGAUCCAGCAGGCAUGUCGCGAAAAGACACCUACUGUGAAUUCUUGGAGGAGAGACCUGCAGGGGCAGCGCCCUUAGCGAGCCGCUACUUGGGAAAGCUGCAAAUUACUGGGAAGAAGCAGCACUCCGCCGAUUCCUUUGCUGCCGGUGGUAUCGUUUCAACCGCUGGAGAUUUGGAGAAGUUCAUGAAAGCGCUGGCCAGUGGGAAGCUCUUCCCCAUCAAUGGUCAUGCGACGCUCCAGAAGAUGAUGACGUGGAUCCCUGCCAAGCGCGGUACAGGGUGGUGGUAUGGCCUGGGAUUGAUGAGAUGCUUGGCGAUCUGCUGUUGGAAAUCCCCAAAAAGUCAGGGUUGAUGAUGGUUAAAUACUGAUCCCUUAGUAAAGCCUAAGCCUCAUACAAUUAUAUCAAAUUAUAUCACUUUUGUGGGUUACCCUCAAGUUUCUAUUAUCCAGUUGCAUCCAGAUUUCUUCAUGGCCCAAAGGGAAUGUAAUGAAGCAACGGUUUUGGGAAGUUCACCUGCCAUGUUUCGCCAAGGGUGUUGCCAGACUGGUCACCUGCCAGGAAUCGAUCUCGAAGAUCAGGCCGCCAAAACUCUGAGGCUGAUUAGGUGUUAGCUGCCACAGGUCCAAGCAUUUUUUCCUUGUUGAAAUAUGAUAUAAAAUGAAUUAUAAUGAUAUAUAAUGUGGUAAAAAUCAUGGUAAAAAUCAUGGUAAACCGUUAGCCCUAUAAGAAAACACCAUUUUUUGUGGUUCGCUUUUUGCAUUUCCGUGUUUCCCCUUUGCGAGGUGGGUCUCUUGAGCCGCUUCUGGGGCGCGAAACCUGUGGGCUACGUCUGGGGCCACGAAGGCUUCGGAGGGGCCUUCGCCUGGUUCUGGAGCAGCGGCGAGGUGGAGAGGGAUCUCAUCAUCACCGGCACCACCAACAACGAGGGCCGAGCCUAUGGGGAUUUAGUCAUGACAGCUGUGCAACAAACGAGAAAACUCAUCCCCUACCCAGUGAGCAUCACCAGUUGAGAACAGCGUUUCGUGCCAAGUCGAAGGUGUACAGAUGCAGGCUUUUGGUGUAAAGAUGUGUAUAGAGAAGUUUAAUCCGGCCAGAAUUCGCAAUGAGACAAGGUCAGACAUGUGAAAACA